UACUUGUUAAUGAAAAACGAAAUGUUCUUAAUACAAUUGUUAAAAGAAAAGAAUAUGUUCAAAAUAUUUUUCAGCAAAGAAUUAAUCUGUAUCAUGAUGUUAUUUAUAUUGAUGAGUCUGGUUUUAAUCUUCAUUUAUCACAUUUACGAGAACGUGCACCUUGUAGACAACGUGCUAUUAAGGAAGUUUUUAAGCAACGUGGAAAAAAUAUCACUAUUAUUGCAGCUAUGGAUGGGAAUGGCAUUGUCAAAGUUACACCGCGGCUAGGUUCAACAACUGGAUUUAUUUUUACAAAAUUUUUACGUAAGCUUGUUAAAUCACUUUCUCCAAACCGCAGAAAAAUUUUUAUAGUUAAUAAUGCAAAAAUUCACCAAGCAAAACAAGUUAAAAAUUUAUUGCAACCACACC